GAAAAAAGGAGAAAGCAAGCAAAUCUAGUCAACAAUAUUCGCAUAUUAUUGAAUUGAAUUCAUGGAGUGGGCUUGGGACUAUGUCAAUAUCUUUUGGUGUAUUACUACUAUACUAUUGCCCUUAUGCUUUCUCCUACACUCUCACCGGCGAAGAUCAAACAUCAAUCGUCGGUUGUUGCCACCCGGGCCACGAGGGUGGCCCGUGUUUGGCAACAUGCUCGAACUUGGCAACGAGCCACACAAGACACUAAUGGGUCUAAAACAAAAGUAUGGUCCAGUAGUUUGGUUAAAGCUCGGCUCGAUUAACACUAUGGUUAUUCUCUCCGCGGAAGCCGCUGCAGAGUUCUUCAAGAACCAUGACGUGGCUUUCGCGGAGAGGUCAGUAACCGAAGUGAUGAAAUCACACGGUUUUUAUAAAGGCUCUGUGGCUUUAGCACCUUAUGGUACUUAUUGGCGUAUCAUGAAACGAAUCAUGACCGUUCAAAUGUUAGUAAACAAACGGAUCAAUGAAACAGUGGAUGUUCGUAGGAAAUGUAUCGAUGAUUUAAUCGAAUGGAUAAAAAACAGAGAAGUUAACUCCUCUGGAGGAAUUCCCGUGGCGAAAUUCGUGUUUCUUGCCUCGUUUAACAUGUUAGGGAAAUUGUUGUUAUCGCGCGAAUUGGUGGACCCAAAAUCCGAGAAGGGGUCAGAGUUUUUCGUGGCAAUGGUGGGGUUAAUGGAAUGUUCUGGACACCAGAACAUUGUGGAUGUGUUUCCUUGGAUGAGAUGGAUGGAUCCUCAAGGUUUGAGGAGGAAGAUGGAUCGCGGGCUUGGGAAAACGAUUGAAAUUGUAUCGGGUUUUUUGAAGGAGCGGUUCGAAGAAAUGGAAAGGACUGGAGAAAAGAAGAAGGAUUUCUUGGAAGUUUUGCUGGAAUAUGAAGGCAAGGGGAAGGAUGAACCAGAGAAGAUAUCAGAUCAAGAACUCAUCUUGAUUAUUCUGGAAAUAUUUUUAGCUGGUUCAGAGACAACCAGCAGUAGUAUAGAAUGGGCAAUGACUGAACUAUUAUGCAACCCAGAAGCAAUGGACAAGGUUAAAACCGAGCUGUCCGAGGUUAUUGGAGAUAACAAGAAAUUCGAAGAAGCUGGCAUCGAUAAUCUCAAGUAUUUGCAAGCUGUUGUAAAAGAAACCUUAAGAUUGCACCCUCCUAUUCCAUUUUUAGUCCCAAGAAAGGCAAUUCAAGAAACUGAAUUCAUGGGGUAUCAUAUCCCCAAAGGCACACAAGUUUUCGUGAACGUUUGGGCAAUUGGAAGAGAUCCCGAGUGUUGGAAAGACCCUUUCGAUUUCAAGCCAGAAAGGUUCUUGGAUUCGAAAAUUGAAUACAGGGGUCAGAAUUUUGAGUUUAUUCCGUUUGGUGCUGGGAGAAGAAUUUGUGCUGGAAUUCCACUAGGUCAUCGGAUGUUGCAUCUGGUACUCGGAUCAUUGUUGCAUGAAUUUGAUUGGGAGAUUGAUUGUUCUGCCCUUGAUGAGGCUUUGGAUACACAAGAUAGAAUGGGUGUGACUGUCAGAAAAUUGAAGCCAUUGAAAGCAAUUCCAAAGAAGAAAAACAGAACUCUAUGAUUUUAGAUUUUAGUAAUGAGUAAAGAAAGACUUAGAUAAUACCAGCCAUUUUCUCCCUCUGGUAGGAGUGUUCUACAUAACUAAUAUUGUAGACGGCCUUAAGACGAAGCAAUGUGGAAAGUGAGAAUUCCCAUAGUUGACAUCAAUGCCCUUAAAUGAAGCGACAUGGAGUGUAGUAAUUCAUAUAAUUGACCUCAACUCACUUGAAAUUGAGGCAUAAUUGUUAUUAUUUUUCUCCAGGUACGAAUUUGUUGUCGGCAAGAAUGAUUAUUAUUAUUGUU